AAGGAAAUGGAGGGCAAGAAGGUCGACCCGGUCGCCCAGUGGCGCCGGGCUAUCGAGCAUGGGGAUAAGACGAUAAAGCUGCGAGACGUGGCGACGGUGUUGAGGAGUAAGAAUAGCGGCCCGUAUGAGUUGACGUUCGACGUGAUGUUCCCAAACGAUGAGAUCUUCCAGGCGGUAAAGAAUAGCGGCGUGCUUACGAAGGAGAUCCUCGCGAAGGUAUAUGGUGUGAAGCUCGAGACAGUGCUCGCCUGUCUAUUCUUCCCGCAGGCGCGUGCGUUCAAGUUCACUAUUCCGAGGUGCGGUGGAUAUCCUUGGUCGAUGAGUUCAAUGUUGAUUCGCUUUCUAUGCAGGGUGCACCCGAACGGUAGCUUUGGGGAGACUGACAUGCAUGGGUGCCAGCAGCAUAUACCUUUGGUUGAUACAGACGUUCUGCUGCCGAUCGCUGCACAGUGA